GGGGUCCCAGCCUGUCCCUCUCUCUCGGGGAGCCCCUUGUCGCCGUGCCCAGCGCUGCGGGAUCCCCGUGAGGCAGGACUUGCGCUACGCGCUGGAGGCUUCACCGCGGAGCUGAGCCGGCAGCGGCUGGACAUGAGCUAUGGGUGUGCGGGGACCUCAGAGGGUUCCCGGCUGCUCCGUGGGGACCCCGGCUCCCUAUCCACCUGCUCGAGUCCCUGGCGGGAGAGCAGGCGCCCAAAAAGAAAGCGGGAAAAAAAGGGAAAGGGAGCAAAGCUUCAGCAGUGCCUGAUGUCUUGUCCCCAGAGGAGAUGAGCAAGGAGCAGCUGGAGGCACACGUUGUGCGUCUCCGGGAGGAGCUGGACCGAGAACGGGAAGAGCGUAACUAUUUCCAACUAGAGCGUGACAGGACUCAUGCCUGUUGGGAGAUCACCCGCCGGCAGCUGGAGGAGAAGAAAGCAGAGCUGCGGAACAAGGACCGGGAGAUGGAGGAGGCGGAAGAGCGGCAUCAAGUGGAGAUCAAGGUUUACAAGCAGAAGGUGAAGCACUUGCUGUAUGAACACCAGGAAAACCUCAGUGACCUGAAGGUGGAGGGCACCCUGUCCAUGAAGCGGGCCCAGCAGGAUCACUGGGCCCAGGAGAUGGAGCUGCGCAAGGACAUGCGCUCCUUGAAAGUGGAGCUGAAGGAGCAGGAGCUGGCCAGCGAGGUGGUGGUGAAAAACAUGCGCCUGAAACAAGAGGAGGAGAUCACCCAGCUGUGCAGUGACUUUGAGAGACAAGUGAAAGAGAUCGAGGCCAAGUACAACAAGAAGAUGCAAGUUCUGCGGGAUGAGCUUGACUUGCGGAGGAAGACGGAAAUCCAUGAGGUGGAGGAGAGGAAGAACAGCCAGAUCAGUGAGCUGAUGAGGAACCACGAGAAGGCCUUCAGUGACAUCAAGAACUACUACAACGACAUCACCCUCAAAAACCUGGCACUUAUCACCUUGCUGAAGGAGCAGAUGGAGGAGAUGAAGAAAAGGGAGACUAAACUGGAAAAGGAGAAGGCAGAUGCGCUGCUCCAGAACAAGCAGCUGAAGGAGUCCCUGCAGCAGACCCAGGAGCAUGUGUUCGAGCUGCAGAAGAAGCUGGCCCACUACGACAUGGACAAGGAGGCCCUGAAGCAUGCAAAAGGCCAUCUUAAAGUCAGCCAGAAGGAGCUGAAGGAUCUUCAGUGGGAACAUGAAGUGCUGGAGCAGAGGUUCAUUAAGGUGCAGGCAGAGCGAGAUGAGCUCUACCAGAAGUUCACCAAAGCCAUUAACGAGGUGCAGCAGAAAACAGGCUUCAAGAACCUGCUCCUGGAGCGCAAGUUGAAAGGACUCCUCAGUGUCCUGGAGAAGAAGGAGGUGGAGCUCAGUGAGGCCUUCGCAGCCUCCAACCUUGACCCGGGCGCCCUCUCCUUGGUCUCGAACAAGCUGGAGGAUGUGCUCAGUUCCAAGAACGCCACCAUCAAGGACCUGCAGCUCCAGCUGGCCCGGGUCUGCAAGGCACACAAUGACAUGCUGCAGACGUUCCAGGCAAAGCUGACAGACUUUGGGAUCCCCCUGGACAACCUGGGCUUCAAGCCGCUGGCCAGCCCGGUGCUGGGGCAGGCACUGGGACAGGGCCCCGCUGGGCUGGUGGCAGUACCCACCUGAGCAGAGACCCACAGGAAACGGGGCUGUGCCCCCUGCCUGCUCCAUGCCAUUAAACAGUCCUCCCCAA